UCAGUAAAUAAACGUAAAAAAAACAUAAGUUGACAGCAUAAGAGCAAAAAACUCUUUUAAAAAAAGUUAUUAAAAGCUCAAUAUAGAUAAAGGGAGAUCAAUAUGCUUGAAAACAACAUGGUGGCCGGUAUACUCCGGUAUAGUGAUCAUAUAGAAUGACAUCUGAAAGUCAUGUGGGCUCUGUUUUGUCAUCUAAAUCAAUUAAAAUAAUUGCUGAGUCAAUUGGAAUCUCUGGUUUAGCAGAUGAAGCAGCUUCGUUUCUUGCUGAAGACAUAACAUACAGACUUAAACUAAUUGUUCAGGAAGCUGAAAAAUUGCGCCAGCAUAACAAAAGAUUGAAAUUAACUUGCACAGAUUUUGACCAGGCUCUGCAGAUGAAAAAUGUUGAGCCUGUUUAUGGGCAUACAAAUAAAGAUGGAUACAUACCAUUUAGACAUGCUUCAGGUGGUGGACAUGAAAUAUUCUUCACUGAAGAAAAAGAAGUUGAUCUUCAUGCUGUUGUUGGUGAUCCACUGCCUAAAAUUCCCUCAGAUGUCACCUUAAAAGCUCAUUGGCUUGCAAUAGAUGGUGUUCAACCAGCAUUACCUGAAAAUCCACCUCCAUACACCAAAGAUCUUCAAAAGCAAGAAAUUUUUGACACCAAUCUAAAAGUCACUGCCAACAGAGCUGCCAAAGCUUCUCACAUAGAAGGCAACAAACAUAAGCAUUACCAUAAACAUAAAGAGGCUGUUAUGUUGAAGAAUUUAGCCACCCAUGAACUUUCUGUGGAGCAACAAUUUUAUUACAAGGAAAUAACAGAGAGCUGUGUUGGGCCAGAUGAGCAGAAACGAUCUGAGGCUUUACAAAGUUUGCAGUUUGACCCAGGCCUUCAUCAGAUGCUUCCAAGAUUUGUAGCCUUUGCAUCUGAAGGUGUCAAAAUUAACGCAGUUCAAAAUAAUUUAGCUUUGUUGAUCUAUUUGAUGAGGAUGGUUAAAUCUUUGCUGGACAAUCAAACAAUUUAUUUAGACAAAUAUCUGCAUGACCUACUACCCACUGUUAUGACAUGUGUUGUAAGUCGUCAGCUGUGUCUCAGGCCAGAUAUGGACAACCAUUGGGCAUUACGAGAUUUUGCAGCACGUUUAGUGGCACAGAUUUGUAGAAACUAUAGCAAUAAUACCAAUAAUAUACAAGCCAGAGUAACCAAAAAGUUUAGUAAAGCUAUUCAAACUGAAAAUGCUGCCUUAGCUACACAGUAUGGAGCUCUUGCUGGAUUGGGUGAACUAGGACCAGAGGUCAUCAAGUCCUGUUUACUUCCUUACAUCUGCAUUCUUGGGGAGAGAAUGAAAGGAGUUCAUGAAGGCACAGCAUUAAACAGUGUAGAUAAAAUUGCAGUUGAACAUAUAAAAAGACAGCUUCUGAAAUAUUUGCCCCCUGUGCUGAAAUCCUUCCAUAACAGCACUGAAACAGUGGAUGAGUUUAAUGUUGCCUACGGCUACUUGGGUCCCUUGCUCUACUCCAUGUUCUCUCAAAAAGAAAAAAGUUUGUCUAGCACGACAUCCUCAGUUCACCCCCUGACUACCUCAAGAUCUUCAUUACAACUAACUCAGAGACCUCCACAGAUCGUCAUCCAGCAACCUAGUACCCCAGUGCCAUUAUUAUCAUCUCCAUUUCUGAAUCCUUCUCCAUCUAUUACACCACUUAACUCACGUCCAUUAUCUUCUUUACCAUCCACACCUACAGGUGUCUCUGGUCAAAAGUUUGUCAUAGUGUCCCAAGCCAGGCCUUCAACUCCUAUAACACCUCAAACACCAAGUACUCCCCUUGUUAAACUGGUCACUACACAACAGCCAUCUUUAUCUACCAACAAUUCAACGGGACCACCAAAAAUUGUGGUCAUUCAGGGGGCACCAAAAGCAGAAGAUAAUUCAGGAAAUAGGACAUUAUUGAGUGGAAGUACAACAGUCCAGCAGUCAGGCAAUAAUAUCAGUGGCAAUGAUACUUUGUAACAGUACCAUUGGGUCUUUUUCUUUUCUUGUUUGCUUGCCUACUAAGUUGAGACUAGUAAAUACUAAAUUGCUUACCACUGUGUGUAUUAAUGGUUACCAUUUUACUAAGGGGAAUUAACAUACAUUUGUGUUUUAUUUUUCAUAAUUUGCAAAAGUAGACAUUUAAAAUAAAAAAAGCAUGAUCACAGUAAAAUUAUUUCAAAAUUGUUUUUAUUUGUUAAAUCUAAUACUGUUAAUAUAGACAAAUUGAUUUGCAAAAUGUAUUUGUCAUAAUUUUGUAUAUACAUUUAAAAGCAAAAUAGCAAAAUGAGUUUGUGUUUUCUCAUAAACUCUUGGGUCUGUUUAGUACAUUGUCAAUCCAAAAGUAGUACAAUCAGAAAAUUACAAAUACCAAUGACAACAACUUCCUCCAUAUAAAAUGUACAUUGAAAUAACAUGAUUGCCAGCAAUCACAUCAAAUCCAAAGUGAAGAUAAUGCAUGACAUCCAACUUUUCCCCCACUUAAAUUAUGAUGUAAACUGAGAUGGACAAAGUGACUAUACUCUUUGGCAAUGGUCAUUUAUUUACAAACUAUAAAUAAUUUUCCUACUACAUCAUUAAAAAAAAAAAGCAUCUGUAUACUGGUACCAGUACUUGUACUUAUUUUUUUUAGCAUACUUUAAGUAGCUAAGGUACCUAACAACACAAAUAUACAUAUAUUUAUUAAAACUAUAUUUUUAAUACAUUUUUAACAAAUAAUGAAACUUUUUUUUUUUUUUACAUUUAUUUAUAGUUACCAUCUUCAUUUUUAUAAACUCCCAUCUUAUUAGAGUUGUCAUAGUAUACUUUUAAGUCUUGUUUUAAAAUGGUUUAUAUUUUUAAUUUUAAAUAAAAAGGUUACAUUCAGAAGGCCAAAGGGGCUGUACAUUCUACAGAACAUGGUUGAAAAGGAUUUUUAAUAACACUUUUAGUUUUGACAAUGUGAAAGACAAACUCUUGAAUUAAAUAUUUCUUGGCUUACAUUUUUUUUUACUACUACAUAUAGAAUAUUGCACAGUUAAAAAAAAAGAAGUCUUGGAGAUAUAAACUACAGAAAUGUUUAUAUAUUUGAAAAGUGGGCUACACUAUUGUUCACAUUUUCUAUAUUCAAUUGACUGGUCUUGACAGUAAGUUUCCAUUGACUCACUUUCAAAAAUACUGCUUAGCGUGUUGACAUUUUAUAGCUCCCAAGCACAUAUUGAUACACAAAGUAUGUUCAUGAUCAUGACUAAAACAAAAAUUAUGGAAAGACAUUUUUUUUCCUUACAAAAAUCAGGAAGUAAGAUACAUUUUUUUUUCCUUACAAAAAUCAGGAAGUAAGAUACAUUUUUUUUUCACUUAAAAAAACUUAUAGCCAAACUUUAGGGUGUGCUUUAUCUAAUGGUUUUUAGUAACAAGAAAUUAUUAUAUGCAUAUACAAGAUACAAAAAUGUAUUUCAUGGUAAAAAUAAUUUUUCUUUAAGGCAAUAAAUGAAAAGAAAUGAUAGUGUAAAAUAAGGUUAUAUCUGCUCUAUGUAUUUCUAACAGUUUAAUGAUUUUUAUUGUAUAAAACUGUAUGCAAAAUAAAAAUUUAUGAAUCUCUUGG